GCUAAAGCUUCAACGAGCAUCACAUCACGUCACAGAGCAAUUGGUCGCCGACGACACUGUCACUCGGCCGAGAUGCUCCCUCAACGAAUUGUGCGGGCCUCGGCCCUGCGCAGCAGCAUGACAGCUGCUCGACGACUUCCUACGAUCCAACGCCGAACUUUCCUCCCCGAUCAGUAUACCGACAAGAAGGUCAUUGAUCAGAAGUACCCCGAGCCUCCCAGCAUGACCGAGGCCGAGGACCCCGGAAUGAACGGCGGCUACAUCAACCCUCCCCGAAUCAAGCGACAGUUCCGUGACCCUCAUGCGAACUGGUGGGAUCCUCAGGAGCGACGAAACUUCGGUGAACCUAUUCACGAAGAUAACGAUGUUCUUGGAAUCUUUUCUCCCUGGGAGUACACCUGGACUACCGCUGGUCCUGGUGCUAUUAUGGUUGGAACCUUUAUCGCCGUCUUCAUGAGCGUUACCGGAAUCGUCUACCUCAACUACCCCGAUCGUCCUGCUUAUCCCCGAGCGUUUGAGGGUGGUUUGGAACGAGAGCUUGGUGGUCCCGGAGCUACGAGGGCUCGCAUGGAGGGUGAUGAGGAUCCUUGAGUAAAAUGCUCAAUUGUACAUAAGAAAUAAUGGAUCAAUGGAUUAAGUUCAAUGGAUGUUUAGGACUGUGUACCAAUGCAAUU